AUGGGGCACUCUGCAGCUGUAUGGGAUUAUAGAGCAGCCAUUGAGCAUACCAAAGACUGGAACGGUAUGGACCAGGUCGUUCUUCGAAACCCACAAGGGGCGUCUGCACGGGUAAGUCUGCAUGGAGGGCAAGUUGUUUCAUGGAGGAAUGAGCAAGGGGAAGAACUUCUAUUCACAAGCAGUAAGGCGAUCUUUAAGCCUCCAAAAGCAGUGCGCGGAGGGAUCCCUAUUUGUUUUCCACAGUUUGGAAACUGCGGAUCUCUGGAGCAGCAUGGUUUUGCUAGGAGCAAGAUUUGGACAGUGGAUGACAAUCCUCCUCCUUUGCAUCCCAAUGAUUCCCGUGGAAAAUCCUUCAUAGAUUUACUGCUUAAACCGUCUGAAGAAGACCUGAAGUGCUGGCCUCAUAGUUUUGAGUUUCGUCUUAGGGUGUCACUUGCAGCAAAUGGAGACUUGACAUUGACAUCAAGAGUUCGGAACAUAAAUGGAAAACCGUUCAGUUUCUCGUUUGCAUAUCACACAUAUUUGUCAGUUUCUGACAUAAGUGAAGUGCGUAUAGAAGGAUUGGAAACACUGGACUACCUAGACAAACUCCAACAAAGAGAACGAUUUACAGAACAAGGAGAUGCCCUCACUUUUGAAUAUGAGGUGGAUCGAGUUUAUCUAAGUUGUCCCAAUGCAAUUGCAGUCCUCGAUCAUGAGAGGAAGCGGACAUACGUUAUUAGAAAGGAAGGACUGCCAGACGUUGUGGUGUGGAAUCCAUGGGAGAAGAAAUCAAAAGCGAUGGCUGAUUUUGGCGACGACGAGUACAAACAGAUGUUAUGUGUUGAUGGAGCAGUGAUUGAGAAACCUAUCACCUUGAAGCCAGGUGAGGAAUGGACAGGGCGUUUGGAACUCUCAGCUGUGCCUUCAAGUUUUUGUAGUGAACACUUUGAUCUUCAGAGAGGAGGUCUUUGA